AUGUAUUGUUCAGAGGACAUCGGGAGAACCAAGGAAAAUAAGGUGGUUAUUUCCUGUCUAGCUCACACCACUAUAUCUGCAAAGACAAAAGAAGAGAGAGACAAGAGAAAUAUAGAAUACCAAAUAUCUCAUCCGUACCUGGCUCCGACAUCAUACAGACUGGAAAGGAGGAUAUCGUCGGGUCCCCAUCAGUACCAAAACCCAUCACAGAUCUAUUCCCGACCAUAUCAUAAAGGUAGACCAUAUUCUUAUCCUAUUCCUCCGUAUGCAGUACAAAUGGAGCCACUCGUCCACUACUCACAAAGAGAUCCUCUGUAUGAUACUAACAUUUUGUCCCUAGAUCCACACAACGAUGACCUACUAACAGAAAACAACCAUAUCCAGGAUAACGUGGAUAGAUAUGGAUACCAUAAGCCACACAUCAUUGAGAGGCCUGUUUACAUCAAGGAACCAGAGCCCAUCAUCGAAAUCAUCAUCAAGGAAUCGAAUGUGAGCUUACCAGCACCUCCCCCACCACCACCUCCGCCAAAGAAGAAGAAAGAACAAGUACAAGUUUUCUACGUCAAAUACCAGAAAAAUCCACAUGGUAGCGGCAAAGACAGUAUACUGUACGACAAGCCAGUACUAGCUCUCUCGCCAAAAAUUCCAGAUGAUCACGAACAAGAGGAAGAACCAGCACCAUAUAAUGAUUAUCUUCCUGAAUCAGCUACAGCCCCUCCAGCGCCUAGUACCACUUUGAGAACGAUAAUCAAACCCGACUCAGAGGUCUACCACAGUCCUAGUGGUGUCAAAGUCACCUUCGGUAAAGAAGGAUUCGAUUAUGACAAGCGAUCGAGUAAACCAGAGGAUUAUGUCCCUCUGCAGUCAACACAAUUUCCACAGGGAAGACAGCUCACAUCUUUCUCGAAUGCUUAUUUCAAAAGACCUUCCACAAUUCAGAACUACCAAACUAUUACAUCGGGAUUCACUAGAUCGGAUGCUAGGCAGCCACAAUCUUACAGGACGAUCAACUUUCCUCCUAAUUCUCCUCCUUCCAACUACAAACCUUUCAGUAGACCGACUACACAUUAUCAACAGCAAUCAAAAUAUUAUCAAGGAUCCCAGUUUUCGAGGCCGAAUCCUGAUUUUAACAGCUAUCCGCCUCAGCCACCUGUUCCUCCCCAAUACUCUCACACAAUAUCCCAUCCCCCGCCUGUGAGAUUCCAGAAUCCCAGACCAACUCCACCUCCGGCAAGACAACCAGUACCUUACAAACCAUUCGAAAAUUUCAGGCCCCAACAAAAUAUUCCCCAACCUACUUCCAUAAGCUCUUCACAUCCUCAGCAGCCAGUUCAGUUCAGACCAGAAACACAUUUUCCUCCUCAUCAGCAACUACCUUUAACCCAUCAGAGUCAUACUUUCAAUCCACCAAGGUUCAGUCAACCUCUACCCCAAUACAAUAGUCAAGAAAUAUCUGAAAAUCCUAGUCAGCAUAGCCAACCCUCCCAAAAUCAACAGCAAUAUCCUAACCACCAGCAACAACAUCAAUACCAACAGUCCAAUUACCUGCAACAACAGAGUAUUCAGCAGCAACCAAACCUAGCCCUUCAACACCAAGCCAAUUCCCAGCAGUCUGCGAAUCACCAGGUUCACCAUAAUCAGUUCCAUAAUAAUCAGAAUUACCAGAAUCAGCAGCCACAAGGCAUAUCACAGAAUGAACACUUGAAUAACGUCCAAGCUGUCCAAAAUAUUCUUCCACCUGGAGGCCAACUGAUACAGUCUGUACCGAAAUAUGAGCAACAUAUUUCUUCUGUUGAACCACCUACUCUCCAACAAGCACAAGGCGCAUCUGCCCAACAGUAUCAACAGAAGAAUAUUCAGCAAUACCAUCAAAACUCUGCAGAGCAGAAUUCUCGUGAAGUAUUCCAUCAACAAGAAAGUACAUCUGAACAUCAGAGAAGAGUACUAGAAGAUCGUCACAGACAACAGCAGCACCAAGAACAAUUGAGACAGUUUUACCAUAAGAAUCCCGAUAUACAGCAAAGAAGUCAGCAUUCUGAGGCUCCUAGUACCCCAAGGUCGGAUGCGUAUCAUAGUUCUAGAAACACGCAAUCGCCUAGUAGUACCCCGAGACUAUACUACCAAACCACAACUGCGGCUUCUACAUCCUCUACGACUAAAGAACCUGAAACUCCAUCGACAACUACUAAAGAUCCUAAAGUUCUAGAGGCGCAGCUACCGGACGAAGUCCCAGCAGAGCUGAGAGAGCAGUUGCUUUCCUCCGGUAUUUUGAACAAUGCUGAUAUCUCGAUCUUAGAUUACGAUAAGGUUGGGGAUAUACCUCUAUCAGCUCUACCCCCAGAUCAAUUGGCAAACUUUUAUGGGGCAGGAGGAGCUGCUCAGUUAGCAUCAGACCUAACUCCGUUAGACUUUUAUGUCUGGGGACCUGCCAAAGGACUGGUAUACGCCACGGAAGUUUCAACUAGGGAUGUACUAGUCCAACGCAUAGAAACGGCUUUCGAUACCAUUAAGGAGGAAAUACGACUUCGAACAACAACUGUCGAAAUACGAAACAGAUGUCGAGCCUGCAUUCGCAACAGAGCAGGUAGUGAACCCGUACCAUCUCUUCUUCGGCCCGAAUCCGCCCCCUUGGUUUCUACCCGCCCAUCUGACAAUGAAGAAGACGCCCAACCUGCGGGCUCCGAGUCUGAAGAAGUCGUGGUGCCUGCUCCGUCUGUUAACCUCAAGGUGGUGCGAUAUAAUCCUGACACAGAGGCAGGGCAGAAGGUGCAGGAUAAGUACGUCGCCUCAGAGAAUGCACACCACGUCGAUCCAGUUGUAUUGAACGAUUCAACCUACAACAGAUAUCUUCCCUUGAAAGUCAACGGCACACAAUUCCCUAUCCCAGACGUUCCAGAAUUGAAAGGAAAGAAAAUAUCCAGCGUCGUGGUAUUAGCUCCGGUUACCUACGAUUUCUCUUCAGACAGAAAAACUAGGCAAACUUCCAGACAAGUCUCAACGAAAUCGAGUGAUAUAGAAUUAAUCGAAGGCACUGCUCUCAAGGAUUUGUUGACUAAUCCUUCAUCGGAGAACUACAGGAGGUUUUUGGAUAGUGAAAAUAAAACUAGGAGUGACAAACAGUCUGUCAUCCUAUUGGUUGCAGAUUCUGAUAAAGGAAGAGAAAUCUACAUGUACGAUGUUGCCACGCAGACAGUCAGCAAGCUAAGUGGCGAAUUAUCGUCUGCCUUUGUUGAAGCAGCCGAAGCAAAUUCCGAAGAUGAGGCCCAGCAAGUCGCAGCUUCGAAUACCAUAGAGAACAUAGUUGCCUAUCGAGGAGAGAUUGAUAGACACGAUUUAGAAGAUGAUGAGCUAGCUGGAGCAGCUAGUGACAUUGACGAAUCAAAGGGAUAUCCUGUAAUGUUCAGAGAACAUCGUGAGAACCAAGGGAAUUAA